CUAGUUGGUGCGAACAAAACUCAGCAGUUGAGCAUUCUAAUUUUCGCAGCUUUUUUGUCUUCAUGAAACAAGUCACAGCUCGUUGGUAAUUAUGUUUUUUGGCAGAUAUAUUGAUGCAAAAACAAUAAAAAGUUCUCAUCUCAAAUUAGAGACCAUUUUAAAUCAACUUUGAAUUCAGUUCUCCAUUUUCAUCAUCUCUGCUUAUUGAGUUUAUUCGAUCAUGAAGUUUCAACUUGCCUGGACCUCUGCGGGUGUCGUCGUUCUUCUUGCAGUCAUCGGGGCUGUUUGGAGUGAAGAAAAACUGCCGUGUACAGAAGAAUGUACCGGAGGCUUCGAGAAAAUUCCAGGUCUGAAGCACUGCUACAAGUUCUUGAAGGACUUGGGUCCAGUGAGCCAGGACAAGGCGGUCACUGCCUGUGGAAUUGAGGGGGGAUCUACUUUGGUCACCUUCGACAAUGUCGGCGAUGACCAAAUAGUGCGGGACCACCUCUUCUCCAAGUAUGAAGAUGUCAUCACCAGCAGCCCGGCAUUCCUCACAGCCUCCGGCUUCUGGACUGGAUACUUGCGCAACUUCGGUGACACCGAGAACCCCUUCGUCAACAUGAUCUCCGGCGCUCCCAUGGAUACCUCCAUGUUCAGACCAGGACAGCCGGACGAUGAAAUUCUGGGCAAGUUUGGAGGGGAGGCGUGUGUGUGUAGAAAGAAGAUCACCCACUCAACUGUGGACCAAUAUGACAACUUGGGCUUGGACGACUUCACAUGCUCAUUUCCCAACUGGGCCGUCUGCAUGCAUCGAGACGUGUAUGCGCUGAACAAGCAGGCGUGGAACAGUGCGCUGAUGUAUGACCAGGAGGGGUCCCAGUUGCCGGCCGAUGGCACCUGCGAGUUGGACUGGGAGGACCAGAAUAGGUACCAGCUGUACAUGAUGAGGGACAAAAGACUGGAGAAGGGGUUCGAAGGAGCUCAGGAGCUGGCCGACAAAUACAUGGAAAUACUCAACACAGAUGUCAUUCAAACUCCUGUUUGUCACUUGGUUCAAUAGCGUCCUAAGAGCAACAUAGGAUAAAAAUCCGGAAAAAAGUAGAAAACAGCAUCAUACUCCAGUUAUCAGUUUCCUAUUGAAUUUGUACAUAUUGUCGAAUAUCAUCAAUUAUUACCAAAAAUAAAUAAAACUAUUUGUAAACAAAUAAAUUUAAUUAAUUGUUUGAUUGA